UUAAAUACUUCAGAGGUGAACUAAAUAAUUAUGUUAAUUAUUGUGUCCUCACAGGAAGACGAAGGCCAGUACUUCCACACAGAUCCUCAUCCACCUGGUUUGUGCCUUGUUCCUGCUGAAUUUUACCUUCGUCAUCAAUCACUUUGUGGCAAAGCUGAACAGCGAUGUGGGUUGUCAGAUAAUGGCAGCGGUGAUGCAUUACUCCAUGUUGGCCACUUUCAGCUGGUUUGCUGCACAAGGCUUCCACCUCUGUCUGCAGCUGUACAGAGGAGGGAAUAUCGCAAUAAAGCGCUACCUGCUCAAAGUUUCUGUCACCACCUGGAUUCUACCAAGCAUAGCGGUGCUUAUUAUCGGCAUCCUGAAAAAAUAUGGGAAACAGACAAUCUACACUGACAAUCCUGCGAACGACGUGGCAAUGUGCUGGAUUAACGACAAUAACGUCCAUUACAUCGUCAACGUUGGCUACUAUGCGGUGGUCUUCCUCUUCACCUUCACCACAGUCGUCAUCAUGUUAUCCUGGCUCUUUUGUAUGAAGAGAACCAAAGCAGCGAACCAACAGGAAACAGGAAGCGGCAGGAAAGUGGUGAUCAUUCUGGGUCUGUGCUGCCAGCUGGGCRUCACCUGGGGUUUCGCCUUCUUCGCCUACGGUUCCUUUCGGAUGAUAGCCACCUACAUUUUCACAAUCCUCAACUCAUUUCAAGGGUUCUUCCUGUUCAUCUACUACUACAAGACAACCCGAGUCGGACCAAGCAGCGCCAAGGCGAAGGGAAACUCUGGAAGCACCAACACCAGCAUCAGUACUCUUAAAACYGGACUGGAGUGCGUUGUGAACCCGUAUGUGACUUUUGACAAACAAAAAGACACGUAAU